AUGAAUAUAGCUGCUUCUGUUGACUACGAAGCUACUUGGCAAACAAAGCAUAUCAUUUAUUCAUCACGGUUUAAAUUACAGACAUUCUACUGGAGUAGCUUCAACGAUGCCGAAAGCCUAUGUAAGAUUAUUGGAGGACAUUUGACAUCAAUACAUAGUUUGAAUGAAAAUGCUUUCGUAGCAGACUUGGCAAAGACUGGUCUGAAUUGGAGUGAUAAAAACCAUUUGACAUGGAUAGGUUUGAGACGAGCUGAUUAUCUGAAUGGCUUUGAUUGGUUCUGGACUGACGGCACACCCGUUGACUUCCAAGCCUGGGCUCCUAAUGAGCCGGAUAACUCUUAUGGAAAGGAGCGUUGCGUGCAGGUAACUCUUUUUAACUCAUAUAUAAAAAGAUCGAAUGAUACUUCGUCUACUUUUUUCGUAUUCACGCUGCCGCUAUAUUUGGUAGCACAGAUUCAUUUGUACAACUUACCGAUAUAA